AUGGCUUGCUGCCUGCUGUACAAUGGUAAUGUGAUUCCCAAAGAUGUCAAUGUCUCCAUUGCUACCAUCAAGACCAAGCGCAGCAUCCAGUUUGUGGACUGGUGCCCCACUGGCUUCAAGGUUGGCAUUAAUUACCAGCCUCCCACUGUGGUACCUGGUGGUGACCCGGCCAAGAUCCAGAGAGCUGUGUGCAUGCUGAGCAACACCACAGCCAUUGCUGAGGCCUGGGCUUGUCUAGAUCACAAGUUUGAUCUAAUAUAUGCCAAGUGUGUCUUUGUGCGCUGGUAUAUGGGUGAGGGCAUGGAGGAAGGGGAGUUCUCUGAGACCUGUGAGGACAUGGCUGUCCUAGAGAAGGAUUAUGAGGAGGUUGGUGUAGAUUCUGUAGAAGGCGAGGGUGAGGAAGAAGGAGAGGAAUACUGGUUCAUUCCUCUAGCCCCUGUAUCGUGUCAAACUCAAAACUCCAGCUCCAGCACUGGCUGCAGGCAUUGA